UCAGCAGACCGGAAAUGUAGAGCGAACUGGCCUCAUAGAUACGUUAGCAGUGUUCACAGACAUCUAUCCGUGUGAUCGAUUAGUCUGUUGAUGGUGGACUGAUGCUGGUGAAGGGAACCCAUGGAGAUCCAUGAGGAGAAGCCCAUCAUCUACACGAUGGAGAACAAACCAAUAGUGACCUGUGCGGGGGAUCAGAAUCUCUUCACGGCUCUCUUCAGCUCAUUGACCCAGCAGCUGCCCAAAGAGCCCAUGGAGUGGAGAAGGUCUUACGGUCGAGCACCCAAGAUGAUCUACCUGGAGGCCAACUUUGUGCAGUUUAAAGAGGAUCUGCUUCCUAAAGACGGAAAUAAAGCCCUGCUCACAUUCCCCUUCCUGCACAUCUACUGGACCGACUGCUGCGACACAGAGUCAUAUAAAGCAUCGGUUAAAGAAGGCAUCCAGCGCUGGCAGAAUGUUCUCCGUCUCCAUGGCUCACUGGAUUGGCUGAUCGUGGUGGUGGAGACCGACAACAAGAAAAAGAACAAGACCAACAUCCUGCCGCGCACUUCCAUCAUGGACAAGAUCCGCAAUGACUUCUGUAACAAGCAGAGCGACAGGUGUGUGGCUCUGUCUGAUCCUCUGAAGGAGUCGUCUCGCUCUCAGGAGUCCUGGAGUUCCUUCCUCAUUAAAGUCCGUACGCUGCUCCUCAUGUCCUUCACCAGGAAUCUGGGCCGCUUCGAGGACGACAUGAGAACCAUGAGAGAGAAGCGCACAGAGCCCGGCUGGAGCUUCUGUGAUUACUUUCUGGUGCAGGAGGAGUUGGCGUUUGUCUUUGAGAUGUUACAGCAGUUUGAAGACGCUCUGGUUCAGUAUGAUGAGUUAGACGCUCUCUUCACACAGUAUGUGCUCAACUUCGGUGCUGGAGAUGGAGCAAACUGGCUGGGUUCAUUCUGUCACCCGGUGCGCAGCUGGAACGGACUGCUCUUACGGAGACCCAUCGACAUGGAGAAGCGUGAUCUGAUUCAGAAAGGAGAGGCCAGUCUGCUGGAGCUGCGCAGUUAUCUGUUCUCACGCCAGUGUACGCUGCUCAUCUUCCUGCAGAGACCCUGGGAGGUGACGAGUCGAGCGCUGGAGCUGCUGCACAACUGUGUACAAGAGCUGCGUCUGCUGGAGGUGUCUGUGGUGUGCGGUGCGCUGGACUGUUGGGUUUUUCUCAGCUGUCUGGAGGUUCUUCACAGGAUCGAGGGCUGUUGUGAUCACAGCCAACUGGAGGCCAACAUCUCGCACACCGUGGGCUUGUGGACCUACGCCACAGAGAAGUUGAAGUGUCUGGGUGAACUGUGCGGUCUGGUGUCGGAGAACGGGCCGAACUCUGAGGAUCUCAACACAACCGUGGAUCUGCUGGCUGGUCUGGGGACAGAAAGACCAGAAACAGCGAACAGCCUCCAGAGUCCAUAUAAGAAACUGAAGGAGGCCUUAUCAUCUGUGGAGGCCUUUGAGAAACACUAUCUGGAGCUGUCUCAUGCCGCUAUGGAGAUGUACAGGGCGAUCGGGCGGCUGCGUUCAGCGCGUCUGGUUGGGAAGAGUCUGGCUGAGUUCUACAUGGGGAAAGGCGACCCUCAGAGCGCUGAGAACUUUCUUCAGGAAUCUCUAAAGUCAUACGUGUCAGAGAGCUGGAGUUUACCCAUCACACACACACGAAAGCAGAUGGCCCAGUGUCAGAAACAGCUGCAGAAGAUGGAGGAAUACCUGCAGACGAGCGCUCUGCUCGCCAGUGAUGCCAACCUUAGCGAUGACGAGAGGAAGCACUUCUGCCAGGAGAUUCUGACCUUCGCCAGUCACACCUCCGAGGUCAAAGAUCAGCGUGUGGCUCUGAGCAUGAGCUCUCUCGCUCAGCUGCAGGAGUUGCGCUUUCGUCCAGCCUCUGCCCUGGUGCACGUCGGCGCCGCUCUGCAGUUGGAGUUGCGUCUCUGCAGUCUGAUGCCCGUCCCCAUGCACAUGCAGCAGCUCUCUGCCAGUGUCCACUUCGCCCUGGAGCAGCCGGGCACGAUGGCUCACAAACGCUCGGGUCAGAACCCCGCCGGCACCGUCACGUUCCCCGCCGCCAGUCCCAUGUCGUCAUCUCCGGCGCUGGAGCUGUGCGAGAUUCAGGAACACAGUCCGUCUGAUAACACGCUCAGCUCCGCCGGCGUGAUCUGUAAGAACAUGCACCUGCUGAUGCGACGUCACGACAGCGCCACGUCUCUGGACACGCCCAAUACAGCGCCCUCCACCGUCACCAUGGAAGACGGAGCUCAGAUGCUGAAGAGCAACGAUGUCACUCUGUUGCCUGGCAACAACAGCAUCAUCUUUACGGCACCGACCGAGAAGGCCGGGACGUAUACUCUGCGCCAGAUGUGGGCCGCGGUGGGCAGGGUUCAGUUUCUUCUGCCUCAUAUUUAUCCUCUGGUGCAGUACGAUGUGUACUCACAGGAGCCACAGCUCACCAUUCAACCCCUCACAGACAACCUGUUGGCCGGUUUACCACAGCAAGUGAAAUUCACCAUCCUGACGGGUCACUACACUGUGAAGAAGGGCGACGCUCUUCAGAUGAGUAACACAGACUGCAUGCCUGUCCUCAACUCCAGCACAUGCAGCGCUCGAGUCCUCAGCAGCUCUGGAGAUCUGAUCGGUGAGAGCGCUCUGUCCAUUCAGUCAUCUGAGAAAGUGACCAGCAUCUCCCUCCCUCUGACUCCUCCCUACCACACGCUGGAGUUCCUGCUGGACGUGCUGUGUCAUAUCCCAUCAUGCCUGGCGCGGACGGAGAGCGGGCGUCUCACUAACGGCCAGAUCAAUCAUCACUCACGCAGCAGAACUCGCUUCAACAGCGGAAUGGCCAUCGUAGACCAGAAGGUGUCUGUCGAUUGCCCCUGGUCCAUUUACUCCACCCUGCUCUCUCUCACCUUCCACGUGCCCUUCAAAGUGAAGCACUCGCUGCUGUCUGCAGGACAGAGGAAGUUCAUCCAGGUUUGUCUUCAGAAUGUAUCAGACACUAACUUUCAGCUGAGAGAUCAGACGUUGACUGAGAAUCAACACACAGAUUCAGUGGAGCUGCAGCCUCUGGGCGGUCCGACGGCGAGUCUGGUGUUGAGUCAGCAGUGUGUGUUCAGUGUUUGGGAGUUGAAGUGGAGCGGCACUCCUCCGUCCACAUUGGACUGUCAGUUUUCUGCCGGUUUCGCUCCCGCAGACACAUCAGACGCUGUGAUCAGACCCUACAGAUACGACUUCAUGCUGGAGAGAGUUUCAACGGUGUACAGUGUGCGAGCUGAGAUCUGUCCGUCUGCUGGAGAGCAGCACUGUCACACCGGUGCCCUCUGCAGGCUGGAGGUGUCACUCACACGUCUCUCUGAACCUGAUGACACGGACAGAUGUGAUGAGGAGCUCAUUGAGGCUGAGGGUCUGAGGACCACCAGACUGAUGUAUGAAGUGAUGGAUAACAACAGUAACUGGGCGGUGUGCGGCAAGAGUUCAGGGCUCGUGUCCAUGCCGGUUGCUGCCAUGGCAACACACAAGGUUCAGAUGGAGGUGAUGCCGUUGUUUGCAGGUCACCUGCCCUACCCCAACAUCAGAGUGUUCAAAUACCUACCGCACCACACAAGCCCUGUCAUCCCGCCCGACACAGACUCGUGUCUAGAGAACGACAGUCUCUCUCUGCUGGAUAAAGGACUGGAGGAUCAGGGCGAUACGGCGAGUCUGCGCAGCCGGGGCAGCGUUCACUCUGUGGGCAGCGGCGAGCAGCAGCCGCGGGGUCUCCCCAUGCCAAAGCGUGAGCCGUUCGCCCCCGGUCAGGUGUUUGUCAGCACACAGAGCAGACAGGUGUUGGUGCUGCCCGGCACAGACGAUCACGUGCUGGAGGUCAACGUCACAUGACACCUAUGGACGGCCCCGCCCCGUUGGGUCCCCAACGCCCAUCUCUGUGUUCUCGGCGGACAGCAGAUGGGGGGAGAGAGGGCUGCGGGUGACAGGUGUGUGUGUUAUGGGAACGGCCUGCUGGACGUUGGGUGUCGGUUUGGCCUGAACAUAGAUACACAAACACACACAAGUAUCACUGGAGCCUGAGAAACAUCUUCUAUCUUAAUACUUUGAUUUGACUCUGCAUCCAGACACACUAGAUGAAACUCAUGCUUUAUAUUUCUGUCUCAGACAUCCCAUAAUGCCUUGCAGCCUCUUCCUCCUCCUGCCCUCAGGUGGUCGUCUGUCCUGGAGGUGUGUCCACACAUCACUGAUGAUUGUGUGAAUUCUGAAUCUGUUUGUGUGUGUGUGUGUGUGUGUGUGUGUGUGUGUGGCUUUACUGUCAGCUGGUGAGAGCGCCGCCUGCUGGACGCUGUACAUAAUGUUGAAUACAUAGAUGAUAUUUAAUAAGAAUCACUGUAUUGAUGCUUCAGCUGAACUCAAUUCAGGUAGAAGAGAAAACCAUCAUCACGUGAGUCAGUGAAAUUAAAGAACAAUGAUUAUUCUGUUUUUGCUUGGAAUGUAUUUAUUAUUACGUUUUAUUAUUUUUGCUGUUUGUUAAAUGAUCUUUUAAAGCAGACAAGACCUCGACAUCUCUCCAUCAGUGUAGAAGAGUUUACACCCUGAAGUCUUUUUUGAUUGGACAGUAUUGUUUAUUUCUGCUGUUACUACUUAAGUUGUCCUGACAACCGAAAUAUUUCAUAAUAAACUGCAGUGAAGGAUGAUAUUAACACUCCAGAGUCAAACAAACCUCAUAUGUAAAGACAUUUUGUGGGGUAAACAGUUUAAUUUUGUGCAAUGAUAAUGAAUCUCACUCAGUUCCCAGUACUGUCAUGGACAUAUUUUAAAAUUCUAAAGCACACAGGGAUCAUCAUUAUAUAUGUUGUUUUGAAGUUAAUAAACAUUCUCUGGACAGAAUGUUUUUCAUUUAACUUCUUAAAGGUUCUAAAACUAGACUUCAUUUUGUUCUUUGAGGUUCACAGUCAAACUCAGUGUGUUUGUGUUACAGACAGCCGUCUGGUGUGUUUCUGUGGGAUAAUAACUCUAUUGAGUCUUUUGUUUCAGAGGGUUUGUAUGAAUCAUGUGUGUUUCAGUGAAUUGUGAAUUGUGAACAGCUUGUGUGCUGAUCUGGGAACAGGUGUGUUAGUUUUUAAAGCUUAUUGUCAACACAUUAAAGGCCAAAACUGUUUUCAUUCUUUGGUUCAGGGAUGUUGGGUUGUUCAUUCACAUUAAGAGACUGAAGAUUCUGGACUUGUUUUAGCUCUGACGUCAAAUGUUUUCACAAGCUGUUUGAUAAUUGUUGAGUCAAUGAAACAUCAGAUAAUUUAAAUGAAAAGAUUAUGUAUGUAUCGUUAUACAGCUGAAAAUAUACAAAUGUUUUAAAAGGGAGUUUGUUUCCUGUUUUUUCUCUAAACACUCUGUGGUACGCAAUAUGCCAAAAAUGACGAAAACAUUUUUUUAUGCUGAAAAUUGAAUAUUGUAAAAAUGUCAAUAAACAUUUUCUUCUUUUUAAAAUUUAA